AUGCUCGCGCACCUGCCGCCCGCCACUGCGGCGGUCAGCGUCUGCGGCGCGCCGGGGGGCGAGGGGCUCCUGGUGUGCCGCCUGGACGGCCCGGACGCGCCGCCGCUGGUCGCGCUGCUGGCGGCCCCAGAAGGCGACGAGGCCAGGACGCCGGCCGACCUGGCCGCCGAGCUGUCCUCGAUUCUCGAUGACAGCUCAGCCAGCAUGCGCGGCGGCGCCGCGCUCGCCACCGACGCGCUCAAGGCGGCGUGGUGGGAGUCGCGCUUCGCGCUCGACAAGCGCAUGGCCGCGCUGCUGCGGCGGACGCCGGACGGCAGCAGCGGCAGCAGCAGCAAGGGCAAGGGCAGCAGCGGUGCAGCGGAUAUGCAGCGGGCGCUGCUGGACCUGUGCCGCUUGACGCGGCACAGGGUUGAUGCCCUGCAGCUGUCCGCACUUGAAUCCGCCCUGAGGGCCGCGCAGGCCGCAGCCAUAGCGGCCGUGCCGCCGGCGGCCGGCACCCCGCGCGGCGACAGCCGCGGCGGCGGCCGCGGAGCUGGCGAGGCUGGCGAGGCUCCGCCUAGGACGCCGGCGCCGGCGCCCCGCGCGCGCAAUGGGGCCGGCGCCGCGUGGCGGGAGGACGCCGAGAACGCGCCCCCCUCGGCAGGCCCCGCCGCGGUCGCGGCAACGCCAGCAGCCGCCCGCAAGCCCGCGCGCUCGCGGCUGGCCGCCAUGAGCGCCCAGAAACAGCCGCGUCCCGCCGUCGCCGGCGGCGCGACGCCCGCCGGCGGCGGCGCGGACAGCCUGGCAGGCAUGCUCGCUUCGCGCCUGAACAUUUGCGAUGACGAGGGCCCCGCAGCCGGAAGCUCUCGGCGGCGCACCGGUGCAGCAGCAGCAGGGACGGGCGCAGAGGCCGCUCCGUCCGCGCGCGCCCCGCCCGUCCCGCGCAAGGCGCCGGCGCAGGCGCGGCGCGUGCGGUUCGGCGGCGGAGCCGCGAGCGGCGGCAGCAGCGCCGACGAGGAUGAGGGCGGCGGCGAGGGCGUGGCUCGGCCGCCUCGCAAUCCGCCGGCGGUGCCGCCCAGCGUCGCACGGCACGCAGUGUGCCCCAGCCUCGCCGUCGCCGCCGCGGCCGCCGCGCGCCACUGCGCGGGCCCGUGCGGCAGCAGCACCGCCGCGGUGCCGGCGGCGCCGGCGCUCGACCUGGCGUCAGCUUUCUAUCUGCUCAACCCGGACGGCGACCUGCCUGCCACCCAGGACAGCUUCGAGGGCUGGCUGGCUGGGCAGCUGGGCAUAGAGGGCACCGCCGGCCGCCGCCCGGACGCGCGCGCGCUCGCGCAGCGCCUCUCCUCGCGGGACGUCUUCCUGUACUUCGGCCACGGCGGUGCAGAGCAGUACGUCCCUCAGCAGCAGCUGCGCCGCCUGCGCCGCUGCGCGGGCAGCCUGCUCAUGGGCUGCAGCAGCGGGCGGCUGCGGGGCGGCGACGGCGGCGACAGCGGCGGCGGCGGGGGCGGGUACGAGCCGUCGGGCGCGAUCUGGGCAUACCUACUCGCCGGCUGCCCGGCGGCGGUGGCAAAUCUCUGGGACGUCACCGACAGGGACAUCGACCGCUUCGCCCGCGCAGUCCUGGAGGGCUGGGUCAGCGGCAGCCCUGCCUGCAGCGCCAGCAGCGGCGGCAGCAGCGGCGGCAGCAGCGGCGGCAGCGGCAGUGGCGGUGGCGACGGCACAAGCGCGGGCGGUCGCGGCAACGGAGGGAGCGGUCGGGCGCCCGGGGCGCCCGUGUUGGUCGGCGGCGCGGUGGCCGCGAGCAGGGGUGUGUGCCGGCUGCCAAGCCUGAUUGGCGCGGCGCCAGUGAUCUAUGGCAUCCCUUGUAUGGUGCGGCCGCUGCCGGCAGGGGGCACGCCAUGA